UGUUGUGUAUUUGUCUUUGUAUUUCUGGGUUGAUGGUUUGUUAAAUAACACCCAGUCUCCAAUCCAACUCUUUAUUCCAAUAUCACUUAAAACUUAUUCUUACAGAAAAUUAACCUCGUGUGUAAAACCGCCAUACUUGUCUACUUUUUCCCUUCCUUCCGGCUGACGUAGUUGGCGCUAAAUUCAAAUAUGAAUAUCCAACAUUUUGCUAACGUCAUAUGUGAAAUCGCGAAAGUACGGACCUGUUUUGAAAAGUACGGUCAUUUUUUAGCCGGCGCGCCGGUACGGUUUUGUUUAGAGACAAAGGUUAUUUUGUUUAUUUUUGUUUUUUUAUUUACUACAGUUCGCAAGCCUGUCGACAGCAUAUACUUUUUAUCCUUUUUCUAUGCUUAGUAUUGUGCACAAUCCAUUGUGGUAUUGUGCUUAGCACAGAACAUAAGUAUAUGAUUUAAAUUUAUAAGACGGAAAACGAAUAAUAUUGAAAUAAACCAUAAACAGUAAGAAUAUAGAUAAUAGAUAAAUGAUUCAAGGGAUGAGUUGAACUCAGAUUCUCUUGAUUGAGACCCUUGAUCAUAUAAAAUAAAUUUUAAAACAUAAUGAGCUGGCCAAAUAGCUUGUAAAUAAGCUAAAGGCCAUUACCCCUGAACACAGUGCUUCUGUGUUCAGAUUGAAGAAGAAAGAAGAAGUAUAUGUUCUGUGAAGUAUAUGAUCGACAGAGGUGCGGGAAUCACAAGUUAGCGUCUUUCCGCCAUUUUAUUGCUUUUCUUUCGUUGUAUAACCCCAGACAAAACCAAGAUGUUUUUUAUCGGAAUAUCUAAUAAUCCGGAUCCGCUGCAAUUUGCAGAGUUGUUAAAUGAAAUCGAAACUCAGCAACAAUUGAAUGUUACACCGCUACAUUUAGCUGCAGCACACGGUGAAUUGGAUUUAGUCAACACUUUAUUAGCAGAAGGUUUCGAUAUUAACUCACAGACUAAGCAUAAAAGACUUAUGCCUCUGGAUUUUGCAAUUCAAGAAAAUCGCUUGGAGAUAGUUAAGUUUCUUAUUGCUCAUGGAGCAGAUGUAAACCAUAAGAUCAUUAAGGGGUUUACGCCUUUAAGUUUUGCCUCCCAGCAAGGCUGUUUAGAUAUAGUCAACACUUUGAUUGACAAUGGGGCAGAUCUUAACACUAAAACAGAUGAACUUAAUACACCUUUACACAUAGCAGCACAGAAUGGUCAUCUAAAUAUAGUAAAUGUUUUUAUUGAAAAGGGAUUAGAUAUUAAUGCUGCAAAUAAUGAUAGACUAACACCUUUGCACUUAGCAGUUCAAAGUGGUAACCUUAAGGUAAUUAAAGCUCUUAUUUCACAUGGGUCUGAUAUUAAUGCUGGAUGUUCAAGCAUGUGUAACACUAGAGUUGAAACAAACAUCACACCCUUACUUUUUGGAGUACAAAGUGGUAGAUUGGAUAUAGUGAAGGCUCUGCUCGAAGCGGGAGCCAAUGUUAAUGCCAAAACAGGGGAUAAGAUAACACCCCUACAUGUAGCAUCUCAAAAGGGCUUUUUGGAGUUGGUGGACAUUUUACUUAAAGCAAAAUCCAAUGCCAAUGCCAAGGAUCAUAAUAAUUAUACACCUCUGCAUUUGGCAGCAGAACGUAAUCAAUUUGCAGUCAUUAAGUCUCUCCUUCUUGUAGAGGGAAUUGAUGUUAAUGCUAAAAACCACCUUAAUUCCACAGCUUUACAUAUGGGGUCUCAGCUUGGCCAUAUAGAAGUGGUGAAGCUACUAAUAGAGAAAAAAGCCAAUGUCAAUGCUAAAAAAAACAAAGGUUUUACACCUUUACAUCUAGCAAUUCAGCAAAAGCAUUUUGAGUUGAGUGAUUUUUUAAUUAAAAACGGAGCAAAUAUCAACAUCACAGAUGAUCAGGGUUGCACUCCUCUACAUUUUGUGGCACAUCAUGGUAAUUUAGAAGUUGCUAAAUUGUUCCUUGCUAAAGGAGCAGACAUUAAUGCUAAAACAAUUGAAAGUUACACCCCUCUACACUUGGCAGUAGACAAUGAUCAUUUAAAGUUGGUUAAAUGGCUCUUAAAGAACGGGGCAGAUGUUAAUGCUCUUGAUAACAAAAAUAGGACUCCUUUACAUAUGGCAGCACAACAUGGUUUCGAUAAGAUUGCCACUGUGCUGUUAAAACAUGGUGCCAGUGUAAAUUUAACAAAAAAUCAAAGAAAACAUCUUGCAGCAAAAUAUGGUCAAAAGGUAGUCAAAACUCUUGUUAAAAAUGGAGCGGAUUUUAAAAAUAUUCAAUUAGAUAAAAAUCCAUUUAGUGGAUCUGAAUUUGACCAACAACAGUUGCCAUCAACACCACCAAAGGUAAGGGUACAAAAAGCGGAAGCAACCAUCUCGAAACCGGAACCGGAACUGCCCGAGAACAAGCGCUUGGCCAGGGAAGAAAAAGAGCAGGGAAACGCGUUUUACAAGAAGAAAGAGUUUGAUGAGGCCAUCGCGCGUUACCGUAAAGCUAUCGAACACGAUCCUACGGAUAUAACGUUCUACAACAACUUGGCGGCGGUGCACUUCGAGCAGAAAGAGUUCGAGAAAUGCGUAAAGGAGUGCGAGAAAGGCAUCGAAAUCGGCCGGGAGAACCGCGCCGAUUUUAAGUUGAUAGCGAAAUCGUUUAUGAGAAUAGGUAACGCGUACAAAAGAAUGAAGAAAUACGAAUCGGCGAAAACUUGCUACGAAAAGUCCCUAACGGAGCACCGAACACCGGAAGCGGAAAGCCUGCUUUCCGACGUGGAAAAAGUCAUCAAAGAAGAGGAGAUAAAGGCUAAUUUCGACAUGGAACUCGCCGAGAAGGAGAAAGAAAAGGGCAACGAAUUAUUCAAAAAAGGAGACUUUGCCGCAGCCUUGAAGCACUACUGCGAAGCUAUUAAACGCAACCUAGACGACGCGAAGCUGUACAGCAACAGGGCGGCGUGUUACAUGAAGUUGGGAUUAGAAGACUGCGAUAAGUGCGUUGAAUUGGACCCUAAAUUUCUUAAAGGCUUCAUCAGAAAGGGACAUAUUCUUCAAGGUAUGCAGCAACAGGAAAAGGCCAUCUUUGCCUUCUUAAAAGCCCUGGAAAUCGAUCCAAACAACGCAGAAGCGCUUCAUGGCCUCAGGGCCUGCAUUAUUGAGAAUUCCAACUUGGAAGGAGAUCAGAAUUCUGAGAAGAUUUGGCAGAGGGUCAAGCACGAUCCGGAAGUGCAGGCCAUUUUGAAACUUCCUGCAAUGCGCAGGAUCCUGGAACAAAUGCAAAACGACGUGCUUUGCCAGAUCUCCUAAAGAGUCCCAAUGUCGCGGCAAAAAUACAAUAAUUAGAAUCUUGUAUUCUUGCUGGUAUUAAUAAGUUAGGUUUAAGUGUUUUUUGUAUUUUAAUGGGUUAUAAUAAACUAUGUGCUUCUUUCC